UGCGAAACUACAGAAUAAAUAUUACACACGUCAAAUGAAAUGUUAAUAUAUUGCAUCUCUCUUUUGCGACUUAAGUGCACAAUCAUAAGACUGAGUCUUCAAGAUCACAUGUUUUUAUGUAACAAUAGUUCAUAACUGAAAUAUUUUAGAAGCUACUUGAUUAGUACAGAUCACCAUAAUCAUCUUCACCAACAUCUUCAUCAUCAUGUCUUAUCCAAGAUUCAUUCGUAAUAAAGUAUUUAUCUUAUUAGCUGUGUGGAGAGUUGCCUCAGUCUUCGUAGUGCAAACUUCUCAUGUACCAGAUGAAUACUGGCAAUCAUUAGAAGUUGCACAUAAGUUAGCUUUUGGCUAUGGUUAUCUAACUUGGGAGUGGCGUAUUGGAAUCAGAAGCUACUUGUAUCCCUUUCUUAUUUCAAUUUUAUACAGAAUAGUAAAUUUUCUGAACUUAGAUGAUGCGAUUGUAGUCAUAUAUUUACCCAGAGUUUUUCAAGCUCUAUUAAGUGCCUAUGCUGAAUAUAAAUUUUAUACUUGGACAGGUAGUAAAUUGGCACUUUUUAAUUUAUGGAUUAAUUGGUAUUGGUAUUACUGUGCCACUCGAACACUAAUUAAUACUUUUGAAGCAUGCUUAACUAUCAUUGCUUUAGCAGAGUUUCCAUGGAAAACUAAUCCAAGAAAAUGUUCCAAAUUUUUGUGGAUUGUUGGAUUUUUAUGUUUUGCUAGACCAACAGCUAUUGUAAUAUGGUUACCGUUAUGUGUUACUCAUUUUUACAAGAAUUUUUCAAAAUCUAUUUUGAUUAGAUAUUUUUUUAUAGGUUUAUUUUAUUUGAUUCUAUCAACAACCAUAGACAUGUUAUGUUAUGGUUAUUUUGUAUUUACUCCUCUAGAAUUUCUAAAAAUCAAUGUUUUAAAUAACAUAUCUGAGCAAUAUGGAAAAAUGUCUCAUUUUUGGUAUUUUACAUCAGGUCUACCUGUGCUAUUAGGUGUCAAUUAUUUCUUGUUAGCAUUUGCUCUCAUGAGAAUUAUAGAAAAACAUGCUCCUUACUAUAAAUCUAUUAUAGUUAUUUUAACAGUGCAAUGGUCCAUAGCUAUUUAUUCAUUAUUGUCUCACAAAGAAUUUAGAUUCAUUCUUCCUCUUCUACCAAUGUUUCUCUUUGUAAUCCACGACUGCCUACUGAAAGAUAUGACAUCAGUUGUAAAAAAAAAGCUUUUCAUUCUUGCCCUUUUGGUAACCAAUGUAAUACCAACUUAUUAUUUUUCCGUUAUUCAUCAACAAGGCAGUUUACAAGUCAUGGAUUAUCUUCGUAAUGAAAUUGAACAUAGGGAUAAUUCACAGGUUGAUAUCAUGUUUUUGACAACUUGUCAUUCUACUCCAUAUUAUAGUCAUUUACACAAAAAUGUUUCUAUGAGAUUUUUAACUUGUGAACCUAAUUUAUCUGGAGCAAAAGAUUAUAAAGAUGAAAGUGAUCACUUUUUUACAAAUCCUAUGUUAUGGUUAGAAGCAAAUUAUCCUAAUGAUACAAAGUCAAAAUUACCUAGUCAUUUAAUUCUAUACGAUUCAACAAUAAGGCGUAUAAAACCAUUUUUGAAAAAUUUUGUGAAACUCAUAGACAUACCUGAUACUCAUUUUUCUCAACAUGGCCAAUUUAGUGGUUUUGUAAUUUUCAAGAACAAAUUUUUAGAUUUGAAUGAAAUAAAUUUUUAGUGUUAUCGUCCUCUACAAUAUUCCAAUCAAAUGUGGUAGUUUUCAGGCCUAAAGCUUGAAAACCAUUAUGACUUGGUGCAGUAAGAAACAUAUAAUAUGUGCACUUAUGGAGUUCAAUCAUUGAUGUAUGUACAUUAUACAUAUUUUUAUGUGUACAUUAAGUAUGGUACUGACCAUUGUCAACUAUAUUAAAAAUUGUCCAAAUUACUCACUUUCCAUUUUCUAAAAGGUGUAUGUAAUCGCACUGUUUUUGUAUAUUGAAUACAUUUAUACCAAUUGAUUCUAAUUGUUAUGAGAUACCAUUGGUUGUUCUUAAAAGUAGGUGUUACAAAGUCUUAAAUGUGAUCAAAUUUGAAAUUAAUGCUUGUUAGCAGAGAGUAAAUAGCAUUAGCAUUAUAAUAUACAAUUUUAAUCAAAUGUCGUGAAUGUUUAAUAUAAUACUUUUUAUUGUGAUUGAUCCAUAGAACCAUUCCAAAAUUAAUUUCCAGUAAUUAAGAAAUUAUUUAUGAAAUUAAAUUUAUCUUAUUGUUAUUGUAUAAUAAUACAUCUAGCUUUACCAUAAUAAAUAUUUAAUCAGAUUUUGAUGAAAAUCGGCAUUAUGUGUUCAUGAUUUAUUCGAUUAAUGAUUCUUUAAAAAUGUAAUUAUGAUCAAUCUCUUAAAUAUCGUUGAAAAUCAAUUUUUAUCGAUAAAAAAGAGAAGCCCUUUCAAUUUUUGUUUUGAAAAAAUCAUAAUUUACUUUUAAUGGUCCAUAAAUGUAUUUUAAUAUAGUUAAUCAGUGAGCCGAAAAAGCUGCUGAAUCUUUGUGUUAGACUAGAUAAAUGUACGUUUGAGAGUUCAAAUGUUUAUAAAAAAAUCCUGCGUCAUUCUUUGAAAAUACUUUUGGUCACUGCGUGGAAUACUUCGUGUUAUUAUCUGCUUAAAUGCAUUCCGUUAUUCAUAUUUAAAAUAGAGAUGUACUAAGAAAAAAUAUUUAUUCAGUAUAUGUUAGAAUUCAACUGCGUAUUUACAUCUAUUAGAUAUUAUACUUACCCGAGCAUUUAUCGCAAAAGAGAGAUUACCGAAGAAAAUGU